UUGCCCAGUAUCUUCAAUUCUGUGGAAUCGGUAUUAACAAUGCCAGACUCUAUGAGAGAGCAACAUUAGAAAUAAGGAGAAAUCAGGUUCUACUGGAGCUAGCUAAGACCUUGUUUGAGGAACAGAGCACCUUAUCUAGCAUCGUCAGACGCAUCAUGGAGCUCCUACUAUCGCUAUUACGGUGCGAACGCUGUUCUAUUCUAAUGGUGGAUGAAUCGUCAAAGGUACACAUGCCGAAAAUAGGAUUGGAAACAGAAACUAAGGACUGGAAAAAGAAAAAUAAGCGGAUGGCCAGUAAAGAGCAGACGAGUAUUUUCUCUCAAGUAUUUGAGUUGGAACAAGCGGAUCUGGAAAACAAAGGACCCCACAAUGGAAAUGGCAAUGGAUGCAGGUUUCCAAUCCAUAUUGGUAUCACAGGGUAUGUUGCUACGACAGGGGAGACCCUCAACAUUUCAGAUGCAUAUAAGGAUCCACGGUUUGACCCUAAGGUCGACUCUGAGACGGGGUUCCGCACCCACGAAAUGCUCUGUAUGCCCAUCAAGAACGCCAAUGGGGCCAUUCAAGGGGUCAGUCUACUGGUCAAUAAAAUAGACGGGUCAGCCUUCAACAAGAAUGAUGAGGACAUGUUUGAGGCAUUUGCAAUAUUCUGUGGAAUGGGUAUACACAAUACCAAGAUGUAUGAGAAGGUGUGUCGAGCUGUUGCUAAGCAACGGGUAGCACUAGAGACGUUAUCAUACCAUGCCACGGCCCCUUCUGAAGAAGCACAGAGAAUAAAGAAACUUCCAGUGCCAACUUCUAAUGAACUAGGUCUUCUAAAAUUCUCCUUCAGCGAGCUUCGUAUGACUGAAGACGAGACGUUGCUAGCAGCCAUUAGGAUGUUCCUUGAUCUAGAUCUACUAAACAAAUUCAGGAUAAAUUAUGAGACAAUGUGCAGAUGGCUACUGAGUGUACGAAAGAAUUACCGCAACGUGACGUAUCACAAUUGGAGGCAUGCUUUCACGGUAGCACAGACGAUGUUUGCCAUUAUUAAGAGUGGUGGCAUGAAGAAUGUCUUGACGGACAUAGAGGUCAUGUGCCUGAUGGUAGCUUGUUUGUCACAUGACCUCGACCAUAGGGGCACCAACAAUAACUUCCAGGUCAUGAUUGAAUCUCCUCUUGCGCAGCUGUACUCGACUUCCACCAUGGAACACCAUCAUUUUGAUCAGUGUAUCAUGAUCUUAAACAGCAAGGGCAAUGAGAUCUUCAUGAACCUCAAUCCAGAAGAGUAUACCAAUGCCAUCAGACUACUAGAGCACGCCAUCUUAGCUACGGACCUAGCUGUUUACUUCAAAUCUCGAGGUGAGUUCUUCCAUAUUGUCGAGGAGCAGAAGUGCGAAUGGAACGAGGAUGACCAACGGGAGCUACUGAGAGGGAUGCUGAUGACCGCCUGCGACAUCUCGGCCAUCUCCAAGCCGUGGGAUGUCCAGAAGGAGAUCGCCAAGCUGGUCUUUGGCGAGUUCUUUGAGCAGGGAGACUUAGAGCGACAGCAGCUCAAUAAAGUUCCCGAUGACAUGAUGAAUCGUGAGAAGAGGGAUCUUUUACCCAAAAUGCAAGUGGGUUUUGUUGAUGCAAUAUGUCUACCAUGCUAUGAGUCCUUGACGAAAGUCAACGACAAGAUGAAACCACUCCUUGACAUGUGUCAGUCAAACCGAAAUAACUGGCAACACUUGGCUACCAUAAGCACUCAACAAAUGGAGGAGAAGGAGAGCAUCAAGGGCUCGGCAGAGGAGAAGGACAUCGACGAAUCGGAGACCACGCUGUCAACGGGGAAGUCGCAGGGUGCCCCGCCCAGAAAGAAGUGACGCCAGAUGUCAGAGAAAGAGAGAGAAGACGACGAUGACGAGGUCGGAGGAGCAUGGAGCGGAGGAGGUUAUAGGGGAUGUGGACCAAUGCUAUGGGAGCAAAUCGAUCUUGGUGAGGUGAUGGGCUGCUAAGAAGGAUAAAGGAAUAAAAAUCCAAUAAUUGUUUCAUGAUUUAUUAUCUGUUCCACUCGACCUUCAUCCCCCUUUACUCAAUACUGAUUUGUACCGUCAUGUGUUAUGAGGACAAAGUCAUUAAUUUUGAAAAAUAAUCUUUUCUUUCUGAAGAUACCCUUGUAGAUUUUUUGGAGUCCAUGUGGCCCCCUGCUGAAGGUCAUACUGUCUUCACACUAAUCUCUCUUUCUCUUGGCAUUUUUCUGUUCUUCUUCUGCUCCAUUCACUCGCAUUUCUUGAUUUAAAAUACACUGGUUAUACAGUGAAGGUGUUAGUGUCAAUACUGACAAAGUGCUUGAAGUUUGUUUAUUGAUAAUUGAUUGACCGGUCAAGUAAAAUGCUGCGUUUGAAUUGCAUGAGGUAGUAUUGUCUUGAGUGUAGGUGUCAGCAUUAACACUCAGGUAUAACAAGCUAACUCUGAUGGGUAAUUGUAGCCAUAGGGCUACAAGUUUGAGGAAGUAUUGAAUGCCAUACAGUUUUACAGGGUGUAAAAGCAUAGAAAAUGUGCUUAUUUAUUUCAUUUCAUUUUACUUUCAUUUAUGCUGACACUAACACCAAAUGUUGGAUCUGUUUACAUGCUGUGGUCAGCACAGGAGACAGCAUGAGGUACAUGUAUUUAACACCUUCCACAAGGUGGUGCUCAGUUGAAGUACACUGCAAUGUGUUAUUAGUACCAGCAAUACACCUUUUGUCUGACACUAGCAUUUUGGUGCUAGUGUAGACUGUCUGUGAAUGGCCAUGCAUAUUGCUUGGAUAUGUGAUCAAAUGAUUGUUUUAUUUACACCACAUAUAACAUUAUAUUGGUGAAGGCGCUAACUGAUGCACAUUGUUGAUUGUAUUGAAAGGUGCUUACACAAUAGCUCCUGAUCAUGAACCUUCUUCAAAGUGUUUGGUGUUAUUAUGACUGUGGCAGUGUUUGAGGUAUAACACUGGACCAAAGUGCUCGUGCUGAAUUUGAUUUAAACCUGUCAGAAACCUUCAAAAGUUGU